AUGCAUCUCACCUUCAUCAUAUGUCCUUAUCGUCCGCGUACUGGCUACUUCAACAUUCAGGUUAAAAUCAUGUAUUAUGUUCCAUGUGCUUCUUCAGUGAAUGGCGUAAUUCUGCGCGAACCGCUGCAGUUGCAUUGGAUGAACAACAAAGAACUGUUAUAUGACAUCGGGGUCGAGAAGUUGUUGUCUGAAGCGCUUUGUUUAGAAACUGACAAUUUUGGUCGAGGCUCAAUGGGCUUGCGUUCAAGCGGAAGUCCUGCUCGCGAAGGCAGUCCGUCCUCGUUAGACUUACAUAUUGAAGAAGUCAAACCGAAUGAUUCCAAUGCAGGGAGCGUUUGUUCGGGCACGCCUUCUUCGAAAAAUGCAUCCCAUAUAAAGCUGAAGAUUUUGCUAGGACGGUGGAUUCGUUCAACUGACAUACUGUUCGCGGUGCAUCCUGUUGAUGGUUCUUUUUUGACAUGGACAAUCGAAUGGUUAGAUGAUGUUAAUCGCCAAACUGUUGUUUCCUUCACUUCGAGAUUGCCAGCUGCAUUUCCUGUCAUUGAUGCCUCUUCCAUUCGUCCUACAGUUCAGACUUUUAUUCCUCGAAAAUAUAAGUGUGACGUACUGCGAAGAAAGGAAGACAAAGAAAAAGGUGGAAGAACAUCAAAUGAAGUUUGCCUACUUACCAAUCACGAGAAUGGCUCUCUCAAUCUAUGGCACAUGACCAUGGAUGGAAACACUGAUUUUGCCAAAGUUCGCUACAUCACCCACAAAUUGCGAAUGUGUGGGCAUCGCUUUUGUGUGACUCAGAUUGUCGCUCACCCCUUGCUUCCUCUCGUACUAACUGUAUCUCAGUCUCGAUGUAGUCGAGUUGAUGAUAUUGCUAGGAAAUCGUUGUCUGAAGUGAUUCUUUGGAGGACUUGCUCUGUAGGUCCACUUUGCAAAAGUGGUGGUAUGACGGAACUCGCGCGUAUUGUCAGUCCUAUACAUUUUGGCUGUGUACGCACAGCCUGGAUACCAGCUCAUUUGCCCAGAUGUUGCUUUAUCGUUAGCGAUGGCCAAAAUCUCGUGAUUUAUCAAACUAAUGUGAGAGCACACGAUCUGGUUGAAAUGGAUGACUCUACGAAACAACUUGGAAGUCCUAUUGAGAGGUAUGCCCCGCCACCACCACCGUCUGCCCCACAUAAACCACCGCCAGCUACUCAGUCAACCCCAUCUGGUCCUAGCAGCAGUGGCGUACCUGGUCCUAGCAGCAGUGGCGUACCUGGUCCUAGCAGCAGUGGCGUACCUGGUCCUAGCAGCAGUGGCGAGGGAGAAUCUAUGCAGAGAUUCAUGAAAAUUAUGAAAGAGUUUUUCAUGAAUGACGGGAAAGAAAAUAAACAGGAGGAAAACAACAAAGAACAUUCGCCGGAACCAUUUACUGUGGACUGA